AUGAUCCCCACAACUACUACCUCGGUCGAAGCCGCCGCCAGCAAAAAGACCAAAACCAAGGACGCGCCUCAAGGACAAGACCCCCAGGACAACAACAUCCUCUCAGGCCCCGUCGCUCGUGAAGACGACGACUCGACCAGCGAAAAGAUGAUCGGCGAAGUCACCGAGUUCGAGAAGCGCAAGAUCCUCGAUGGAAAGGCCAAAUUCAACCGUCUCGGCUGGAAGCGCCUCACCAUCGUCCUCAUCGUCCAGGCCGUCGCCCUCGGCUCGCUCUCCAUCCCUGGCGCUUUUGCUACCCUCGGUAUGGUUGCCGGCGUUAUCUGUUCUGUCGGAAUUGGUAUCAUCGCCAUCUACACCUCGUACAUCGUCGGGCAGGUCAAGAUCAAGUACCCCCACGUUGAGCACUACCCUGCUGCAGGAGGUCUCAUGUUUGGCCGUUGGGGAGCAGAGAUCUUUGGCGCCAUGGUCACUUUCCAGCUUCUUCUUCUCACGGCUUCACAUUGCUUAACGGGAACCAUUGCCUUUUCCACACUCACUGAGAGUAAUGUCUGCAGUCUUGUCUGGGGUGUCGUCUCUGCCAUCCUGCUUGUACUUCUCGCGGUGCCUCCUAGUUUUGCCGAGGUGGCUAUUCUCGGCUACAUCGACUUUGUGUCCAUCAUUGCAGCCAUCGGCAUCACCAUCAUCGCCACCGGUAUCAGGGCCAGCGACGCACCUGAACCAGUCAACUGGUCUGCCUGGCCCAAGGAGGAUGUCACUUUUGCGCAGGCCUUUAUUGCGCUCUGCAACAUCUUCUUCGCCUACAGCUUUUCCAUUUCGCAGUUCAGCUUCAUGGACGAGAUGCACACGCCUACCGACUACAUGAAGUCCAUCUGGACGCUCGGCGGUUUGGAAAUCAUCAUCUACACCCUCACCGGCGCUCUCAUCUAUUCCUUCGUUGGUGUGGAUGUCAAGUCUCCAGCUCUCCUCUCAGCAGGCCACACAGUCGCAAAGGUUGCCUUUGGCGUCGCCUUGCCAGUCAUUUUCAUCAGCGGCUCUAUUAACACAACCGUUGCCGUGCGUUAUAUUCACGGCCGAGUUCACGAGAAUUCUAUCGCCAAGUAUAUCAACACCCCCAAGGGAUGGAUUUCUUGGCUGUUGCUUAUCAGCAUCUUUACCUGGAUCGGUUUCGUCAUUGCUGAGGCUAUUCCCUUCUUUAGCGACUUGAUUGCCAUCACGUCCAGUCUGCUAAACUCUGGAUUCACGCUGUACUGGCCUGCUGUUAUGUGGUUCAUGCUGCUCAAGAAGGGUAAAUGGUACAGCCGUGAGAAUAUCCUCCCGGCCAUUGUCAACCUCAUCAUCUUUAUUAUGGGCCUCGUCUUUUUGGUUGCAGGAACCUACUCGGCGGUCGUCGAUAUCAUUGACCAGUAUGAUCGCGGAACUGUCAAGAAUGCUUUCACAUGUGCUCCUCUUGGCUAA